CGUUAUUGUUGCAUCAGCACCCCACCAUCAAGCACUGUAGCAAUGUCGACCUCAGGACAGCCAGCCUUUGAGUAUGGCUUCUUGCUACAGAUAAAUGAGGAGGCCGCGCUGGCUGUGGCCCUGAAUGACUACCUAACCUCACGCAGCUACCUGGCGGGGUUCAGCCCCUCCCAGGCCGACCAGAAAGCCUUUAAGCUCCUCCACAGGCCCCCAGAUCCACAACAUGUGCACGCUCUGCGCUGGUACAGACACAUAGCAUCCCUGCAGCUGGACCUCAACUCUGAGAGCAGCAUGAAAGGAAAGCGGGUCCAGCCCUCUUGGUCUGCACCAGCAGGAACAGACGUUCCCCAACUUCUGCUCUACAACAGUCUGACGAGAGCAAAGGAGCCGUUUGUUCCCCAGAAAGGGAAUAAAGUGUCAUGGUACUGCUGUGGCCCCACAGUGUAUGAUGCCUCACACAUGGGACAUGCCAGAUCCUACAUAUCUUUCGAUAUCCUGCGAAGGAUACUGAGGGACUACUUCAAGUACGAUGUCUUCUACUGCAUGAACAUCACAGACAUUGAUGACAAAAUCAUUAAACGGGCCCGGCAGAACUACCUCCUAGACCAGUACAAGGCGAAGCAGCCGCAAGCUGCUCAAAUACUGCAGGAUGUCCUGAGCGCCAGAGGGCCCUUUCAGGCCUAUUUGGCUUCGACCACAGACCCAGACAAGAAGCAGAUGCUGGAGAAGCUGGACGCCGCCGUCACCGCCGCUCUGCAGCCCCUGCAGGCAGCGAUGGAGAGCAAAGACGAGGCGGUGCAGCCGCUGGCAGAGGUGCUGUUGGAGAGCUCCAAGGACCUGCUGGCUGACUGGCUGGACAAACAGUUCGGAAGUCAAGUGACAGAGAACUCGAUCUUCUCCAUCCUCCCCAAAUACUGGGAGGGAGAGUACCACAAAGACAUGGCAGCCCUGAAUGUUCUUCCCCCUGAUGUCCUCACUCGGGUCAGUGAAUACGUGCCCGAGAUUGUGGACUUUGUGAAGAAGAUUGUGUCAAAUGGUUAUGGGUAUGAAUCGAACGGUUCUGUGUACUUUGACACCUCGAAGUUUGACGCCAGUCCACAGCACUCGUACGCCAAACUGGUGCCUGAAGCAGUCGGAGAUCAGAAAGCUUUACAAGAGGGAGAAGGUGACCUGAGCAUCUCAGCCGACAGACUAAGUGAGAAAAAGUCCCAAAAUGACUUUGCCUUGUGGAAAGCCUCCAAGCCAGGAGAGCCUUCCUGGGACUCUCCAUGGGGGAAGGGAAGGCCGGGCUGGCACAUCGAAUGUUCGGCCAUGGCCGGCUCUAUCUUGGGAGAGUCCAUGGACAUCCACGGCGGCGGAUUCGAUCUCCGAUUCCCCCAUCACGACAACGAGCUGGCUCAGUCUGAGGCUUUCUUUGAGAAUGACUACUGGGUCCGCUACUUCCUGCACACUGGGCACCUGACGAUCGCAGGCUGCAAGAUGUCGAAAUCUUUGAAGAAUUUCAUCACCAUUAAGGACGCCUUGGCAAAGAACACAGCUCGGCAGCUCCGUCUGGCCUUCCUGAUGCAUUCCUGGAAAGACACCCUGGACUAUUCUUCCAACACAAUGGAGUCGGCCGUCCAGUACGAAAAGUUCAUGAAUGAGUUCUUCCUCAACGUAAAAGACAUCCUGCGUGCUCCGACUGACAUCACCGGUCAGUUUGAGAAGUGGGAGGCAGCAGAGGUGGAGCUUAACAGCAGUUUCUAUGACAGGAAGUCAGCCGUCCAUGAGGCUCUGUGCGACAACGUGGACACUCGCACCGCCAUGGAGGAAAUGAGGGUGCUAGUCAACCAGAGCAACAGCUACAUCGCCAGCAGGAAGAGCGCCAAGCUGAAGCCCAACCGCCUCCUGCUGGAGAGCAUCGCCGUGUAUCUCACCAACAUGCUGAAGGUAUUUGGAGCCAUUGAGGGAUCGGAUCCUAUAGGUUUCCCCAUGGGAGGACAAGCUCAGAGUGUUGAUCUGGAGAGCACAGUGAUGCCGUAUCUCACAGUGCUGUCAGAUUUCAGAGAGAGGGUCCGAAAAAUCGCCCGAGAGCAGAAAGUGACGGAGCUGCUGCAGCUCUGUGACGUGGUCCGUGACGAUACGUUACCGGAGCUGGGAGUCCGACUGGAGGAUCACGAAGGCCUGCCUACAGUGAUGAAACUGGUGGACAAGGAGACAUUACAGAAGGAGAGAGAGGAGAAGAAGAAGAUGGAGGAGGAGAAGAAAAGGAAGAAGGAGGAGGCUGCCAGGAAGAAACAAGAACAAGAGAUGGCUAAACUCGCCAAGAUGAAGGUCCCUCCAUGUGAAAUGUUUCGGACAGAAACAGACAAAUAUUCCAAGUUCGAUGAGACGGGUUUCCCCACUCAUGACGUUGAAGGGAAGGAGCUCAGCAAAGGCCAAGCCAAGAAGUUGCGCAAGCUCUACGAGACCCAGGAGAAAUUGCACAAUGAGUACCUGCAGAUGAACCAAAAUGCCAACUGAUUCUGUUCAGACUGUCCAAGCCAUCCACUCUACAGAAUACCUACAGAAUAAAUGUUAAGGCCACAGAUGCUGGGUCAUCGUUUGUCUCCUGAUUAUCUGGUUCGGAUCAGAAAACAACAGGUUUUUUUUUUUCUUUUUCUUUUUAGAACAACGGUUAAACACACUUUCAAAACCAAAUCUCA